UAUCUGGGCCCAAAUCGCAAGGUGAUUUCGGCCAGUUUCAACUUCAUCGCUACUCCCUUGACACCACAGCGAAAUAGUUCGUCUGAGUUGAUCCAUGGCUAAUGAAGCUUCUUCAUCGACUUCAUUUCCCGUUGAUGCAGAAGAUGAGAUACUGAUGCUCUAUGGGUCUGAAUCUGGUUGGGUUGAGCCCCUAAGUCACUGUGAUCACCUGACCUCUUUAUCGUCCGAUCUCGCUCACAUUCCAACUCCAGACACUCCUUGCAACAGGUGUCAACACCCAGCAGAGAACUGGCUAUGUUUGUGCUGCAAGGAGGUGCUUUGCAGUCGAUUUGUUAAUAAGCACAUGCUUGAGCAUUACAAGCAGAGCAAUCACUCUAUUGCACUCAGCUUUAGUGAUCUAUCAGUAUGGUGUUUCUCCUGCAAUGCAUAUUUAGAUGCUCAAGCAAUUAUGCCAUUGCAGUCUGUUCAUUUCACUGCCUACGUACUAAAGUUUAAUGAACCUCCACCUUUACGAGCAGCGGAGUGUAUAGAAAUUACAGAUAACAGAGCAGAGGGUUCUACUUCUGGGAACUAAUCAUUCCCUCUUCUCUUUGAUGCUUGUGAUAUUAGGCUGUUCUUCAACUGAUUUCUCCCAUAGGAAAAUGGGUUAAGAGAGAAUUUAUUUUGGAUCAUGGCAUCUUUAUCUUAGAUAUUGACGUUUUGAUAUGUAAGCGAAAUAGUUUGCUGAAUAGAUGGAGCACCAAGAAGUUAGCGUCAGUAAGCAAAAGUUUCAGUGGAUACAUCUGAACUUUACGAAAGUGAUGGGUGUUGCUUUCCCUUCAAAACAUCUUUGAUUCCUUUCUAAACACCAAGACCAGAAAAAUGCAUCGUCUCUGACUGUGUACUUUCUUGAUCUUCAUAGCCUGCCAGGUCAGUAAUGCAGUUUCUGGAAUUGCGAGGAAGUAGGAACCACCCGUUGUAUGCAUGCAGAUAAGAUUCAGGAGCAUCUGAAUACCUUUUUGCUUCAUUGAAUUGUUAGCAGUUAAAUCAAUAAAUGGUAUCACGUUUUAAAAUCCAUUACAGCAAAGCUGUUGUGAGCGUAAAACUAAGGACAAAUAAGUUCCCCUAAGGUUACCAUCCGAACCAAAUUAUUAUUGACAGGUAGUACGCGAAGGCUAUUGGUAAAGCUAGUUUUGGAAACUAUAGCUGGAAAAAUUGUCCGAGUGCUUUUGAAGUUCAAAGGUGAAAACUUGUACAAUAACACGAGUAGCCAGCGGUUAUAUACAUUCUUCUGCCAAGUGCCAAUGGAGGCUUUCAUCUUGGAAUAGUGUGAUUCAACGUGUUUUACCCCAUGACGCAUCGAUCACAGGGAAACUGGAGUAAGAAUGGGACAGUGUAAGAUACGUCUGGAGACAAAGGAUUACAGUUGAGAACUGUGGUUUUGCUGGUAAAAUUGGGCUACGCUCUAUUCUCAGACAUCUUUGUAAAAAGUAAUGGAAAAAUGACUCAAAAAAGAGGUUAUCAAGUGCACUUGUGUGGGAUAUGAUAAUCAUCUCCAUGAUUUCAAAAAGAUAAAGAAACAGCAUUGAAGAGCUCCGGAUUCCAGCAUUCAAGUCAGUGUGAUUUAUAAAAUGUAAGAGCCUUCGCUCAUGUCUGUCAACAUAGAUGAUGCAGGGAAAGAAAUCACAAAAUGAUCUUAGGUGCAAAA